GCGAUGCUUAGCUAUUAUAGUUGGACAAUGCUCAACUUUGAAUGUGAUUUUGUUGUAUGUGGUCAUUUUGACGAGAAUCAAUGGAAUGAGGAUAAAACGCCGGUUUUCCUUUACGCUACAUGCACAUGAAAUUGCACAUGAAAUUGCAAAUGUCGAUCAAAAACCGUCGAUCGCGCCAUUCAAUUUACACGCCAACUUGCUCGCACCUUCAGCCGUGUCCGCGGCGGGUUAAUCCUGAGAAAAAUGAUUCUUUUAGAUCACAAGAAUCGGUUUGUGCGCCGCAACGGAUCAUUUGCGAUAUGCCAACGAAAAUGAUAUGCGAUGCUGGUACAUGCGGCGGUUGUCGAUAUCUGGAGCGGGACGAGCAGGAUGAUCGGACGGCGAACCUCGCAGAGUUCCUGGCGAACUGUCAACACGCGAAAUGCAAGGUGGUUCGUCUGGUCCGUCAGCAAAUAAGUAAACUGCAGAAUAUGCAGCACGAGCGUUUACUGACUGCGAGCGACGAAGCGCGCGAGAAGGUGCAUAAUGAAAUGCCCACUGAAAUGCACGAAGCGCUCAACAAUGAAGUCCACGAAGUGUACGGUGAAGUACACGAGCCAUACGAUGAUCUGCACGAGGUGGAGAGCAAAGUAGAGCAGGCGUUCAACGAAUCGCGCGGCAAUGUGUACGAGGCGCAGAAAGCUGCUGCAGUUGCAAAACGAAUUGUCGAAGGGACGAGCGCAAACGCAGCGACCGCAUCCUUGCGUCGCACGGCGUCUCCUGGGAGAGCGGUGGACCGCAAGUGGAUGCUGCGGAUCCUGGAUCGCGUUCGUCAUCGAGCGCAUCUGAUACUGGCGGCCGCUGCGGUCGGCGUGAUAGUCUGGACCGCUCUGGUGUACGGUGUCUUCCUGGGCGCGACGGCCUGCGGAAGCGGACGCACCUGUUUCCGGUCGUCUCUUAAAUAUACGCACGCUAAACGCACAUUGUUUUAGCUGGUGCCAUCCAUUGACACCUCGUAAACGAGACCUCGUAAACGGUGAUUAAAGUUAACCGAGAUUCAACCUAUUUCACUUCAGCGUCUGCGAGAAGAGAUGGUUGAUUGCCAGCGCUAGGUUUAAUGAAGAUUUCUAAGAAUCGAUUUGUAGACGCGUCCUUUUUCUUUUGCGAAAUUGCACGGAGAAUGUUUACCUCGUAAAUCUAUCCAUCGAGGUAUUUUUAGCGAAU